GACAGUGUGGCCGUGGCUACAGCCCGAAGAAGUUCGGAUUUUGCUGGCGCGUUAACGACGUUAACAAUUUCUGUUUUGGCUAGUGAAUAUAUUAAAAACACGUCUUGAGGCAAUCAAAAACAUAUUCAAAUGCAGACUUUUAUGGCCCUGCGAGGAGGAGGAGGAGCUGGAAGGUGGGCACUACAAUCCCUAUUGCUGGCUAUCAUCGUGGGCACAUUGUGGGCUUCGGUUGCCGCCAGGACUGGACCUGCUCACAGCAAGGUGGUUGUUUGUUAUAUAUCCACCUGGGCGGUGUAUAGACCUGGAGACGGUGCUUAUUCAAUUGAGAAUUUCGAUCCGAGCCUCUGCACACAUGCUGUGUACGCCUUCGCUGGCCUCGACAUCACGCAGUCGGUCAUCAAAUCGUUGGACCCCUGGCAGGAUCUACUGGAGGAGUACGGCAAGGGUGGCUACGAGCGUCUGACGGGCCUAAAACGCAGUCAUCCGCAUCUGAAAGUGAGCUUGGCCAUCGGUGGCUGGAACGAGGGCUCUAGGAACUACUCGACUCUGGUGGCCAAUGUGCAGCAGCGCCAGCAUUUCGUCCAUCAGGUCUCUGGUUUUGUGCGCAAAUAUAACUUUGAUGGUUUGGACUUGGAUUGGGAGUAUCCCACACAGCGAGGCGGUAGUCCGGCGGACCGGGAGAACUUUGUUUCCCUGACCAAGGAGCUGAGGGAAGAAUUCGAUGGCCAUGGUCUGCUGCUCACCUCGGCCAUUGGCGCUGCCAAGCAUGUCAUCGAUCAGGCCUACGAUGUGAGACAGAUUACCAGGUAUCUGGACUUUUUGCACAUCAUGUGCUACGAUUAUCAUGGCAGCUGGGAUCACAAAGUCGGAUACAAUGCUCCGCUGACGGCCCCAGCGGGGGAUCCUUUGAGUGUGCAACACACCAUCGAUUAUCUGCUGGAGCUGGGUGCUCCACCCUCAAAGGUGGUGCUGGGACUACCCUUUUAUGGACGCACCUUUAAGACUGUCGCCCAGGGCAAUGUGGAUGAUGCGAGUGAUGGCGUUGGGUUCCAGGGUCCAUUCACACGUGAGGACGGGUUCCUCGGCUACAACGAGAUCUGCAGAAUAUUGAGCAACAAGACGUCGGGCUGGUCCAAGAAAUGGGAUGCGCCGACGAGUCAAAUUUUGGCAAAAUCCGAGCGCAAUGUUUUCACCCAAGAUGUGAGCGUUGUCACCUUCGAUAGUUCCCGUUCCAUUGCGAACAAGGUGAAGUUUGCCGUGCAGAAGAAAUUAGCUGGCGUUAUGGUCUGGUCUGUGGACACGGAUGAUUUCCUGGGAAAAUGUGAGCUGGACGAGGACACCUUUGCCGAUUUCAGACUUGUCACCAACUCGCCAAGGCGACUCAAUCAAAACUAUCCCCUGCUGCGCACCAUAAAUGAGGCGACAACAUUUGCCCUCGACGAACUGGCUGCCGAUGAGGUUGUCGUGCCGGAUGACUCCGAGAAUGAGAUUCCACAUGGCAAUAAUGCGGCGGCGGCAAAUGUUGUAAGCUUGGCUCUACCGAUCAGCUUUGUUUUCACGCUCUUGCUCAGUUUAAGACAUUGAAAUGUACUUUAAUCGGUUUAGUUUUUUAUUGAAUGUAAGUUUGUUCCCAUUUGCAGCUGUUCUAGCUGUCAGUUUUACUUUCACGUAAUUAAAAGUCAAACUAUUAAUUUAAA